CCGACCGUCCAUUUACAGUUCACUCUCGUGUUUUCCCCUCGAGAAAAAGUUUUAAGUAAUCUGCCUAUAUAUUCGCAUAUGCAUUCCCUUCCUUUUCUUAUUUCAUUUCUCACGUUGAGCUCAGCUUGCUGCGUUUGCUGUACCUUGAUCACAAAGCUUGCUUCAAAAGUUCAACUUCAAUGGCGCCCGAAGGAGGGACCCCCGUCAGAUCGUACCCUAAUUCCGGCAACAACAUCCGGGACAAUCCUUCAAGACUUUCCAUGGAGACCCUUCAGAGAACCGUCUCCGACAUCACCUCCGAGCUUAGCAAAGAAGCCAUCCGCGAAGCCGACGGCGAGGCAAGGCUGCUGCCACCGAUCUAUGAGCUGGAGGAUGCCAAGUGCGAGUGUUGCGGGAUGUCUGAGGAGUGCACGCCGGAGUACGCGAGGCGAGUCCGGGAGAAGUUCUCCGGGAAGAUGGUGUGCGGACUGUGUGCCGAGGCGGUGCGUGUGGAGAUGGAGAGGAACGGAGGGAAGGGCUGGGAGGAGGCACUUGACGCGCACAUGAGCGCUUGCAUGCGGUUCAACCGGAUCGAGCGGGCGUACCCGGUGCUCUACCAAGCGGAGGCCAUGAGAGCCAUCUUGAAGAAAAGCUCGAGCAGCAGUGGCGGUUCUAGGGCUAAGUCCAUCAGCCCUAGAGACAAAGGCGGACAGAAGAAAGCGGCCAUCACGAGGAGCUCGAGCUGCAUUCCGGCGAUCACGAGAGAAACCAACUACGACGGAACCACGGUCAGUUGAAGCAGGCCGAAUACUCGCACAGAUCAGGCUCAUCGUGGAUAAGCCUGAAACCACAGCAAAUUAAUAAUAGUAGGAGGCCUCGAACGGGUCUAUAUAUCGCAUCAGUCCAUACCUACAAGCCUUAUCUUCGAUUGAAGAAGUUAGACGCGUCCGAUAAGGAGAGACGAGGAUUGUGAUCAAUGGUUAGUCAAAUGUGUUUGAACAAUGUGUUUUAGGAUGUUAUACAUCCGUGAAUGUUUAUAAAUACUUGAAAGGGUUGCUUCAGUUGCAGAGGCGCAAAAGUAUUCAAGCAUAAGCGUUACAACU